AUGAAGUAUGUGGCCGUCUGUAAGGCCCUGUAUGAUUAUGACGCUCAAGCAGCCGAAGAAGUCUCGAUAAAAGAAGACGAUAUAUUGUAUGUCAUUGACAAUUCAGACCCCUCGUGGCUAGAGGUUCAGCUCAAGAUGCCAAGUGUGGACCAAAUUGGUCCAAUAGGUCUGGUACCAGCAUCUUAUGUAGAAGAGGUUCAGCCAAUAGGUACUGUAACGGCGGAAUAUGCUUACGAAGCUCAGCAAGACGAGGAAGUUUCUUUUGAAGAGGACGAGGAAAUGACGCUUUACGAUAAGGACGAUGCCGACUGGUAUUUGGUUAAGGUCAAGUCGGGAGAAAUAGGUCUUGCACCAAGCAAUUACAUCAGACAGGCCGACACACACGAAGAGUCACAACCCACACCUAUAGCUCGACCUCAAGAAUUAUCACCUAGCCCCCCACCCCUUCCUUCCACUGAAACACCAACCCUAAAUGACGAACCUAAAACCUGGUCCGUUCACGAAUAUAAUCCCGAGAAGAAAAAGAGGAAGAAGGCCAAAGGCACGUUGACUGUUGGCAACGGCAUGAUUACUUACGAAAAUGACACAGACAAAACAGCUCCUAAGCAGCAAUACCAUGUUCUCGAUAUCUCAAAAUAUUUGCUGGAUACCAAAAAUGUUCACAUUGAGAUAAUCAGCAGUCAGCCAAUCGUGUUCGAUUUUCAAGCGGCUUCGAAAUCCGAGGCGAAAGGCAUUCUUGUGAAGAUUACUGACUCUCGAAAUGCUGCUGCUAAGUUUGAGAACAAGCAAAUGCCCGCUAGUCCAGCCAGAGCCGCUUCUAUUGACCCUAUAGAAUCAACUCCUCAAUCCCCCAAUUGCGAGCCAAAGUGGGGUAUUGUUCUAUUCAGCUUUGAGGCCGAUGGUGGAAACGAAUUAUCCGUCCGUGAGCACGAUCAAGUUUUGAUUACGGAUUAUGUCUCCAGCGAAGAAUGGUGGCAUGUCGAAUUAUCUGAUCAGCGUUCAGGUAUUGUGCCAUCGUCGUAUCUUCAAUUCCACGAGGAUUAUGAAGCAGCUCUCGCAAAGGAAGAGCGUCAAAAGAAGGAAGAGAAACGCCAAAAGGAAGCGAGUCAGCGUAAAGCAGAUGACGAACGUCGCCGAAAGGAAGAGGAGCAAAGGAGAGCAGAUGAGGAGCGUCGUCGUGUGGAACAGGAGCAAAAGCGCCGACAGGAAGAAGCAGCACGACAAGCUGAAGAAGCUAACAGGAGACAAAAGCAAGAAGAGGAGAGAAAGAGACAACUUGAACAGAAGAAGCAAGCGGAACGUGCAGCCAUGUACCAAGAUUUGCCUAAGCCUGAUCCUUCACAAGUGCGAUUAUGGACUGAUCGAACGGGAGCAUUCAAAGUUGAAGCACAAUUUGUCUCUGCCAGUGAUGGAAAAUAUCGCUUGCAUAAGACCAACGGUGUCAAAAUCGACGUUCCAGAGGAUAAGCUUUGUGUUGAAGACGUAGAAUACGUUCGUGACUUUUUGGAUAGAGAAGAACAGCAGAAGCGGAAACAAAAGGCUUCUCAGGAUGCUGCCAAAAGUACCGCUGGCCCAUCAAAGGCUACUUCGGCUCCCCAAAAGAGUUACAACCAAGACUGGGAUUGGUUUGACUGGUUCAUGAUGCUAGGUAUUCCAAUGCAACAAUCCCUUGUAUAUUCAUCGUCUUUCAAGUCUGAGAAACUGGAUGACUCCGAUAUACCAAAAUUGACUCACAAACAGAUGAAGACUUUGGGUAUGAAGGAAAAAUAUGUUCAAAGGGUCCAAAGGUUCAUUGAAAAUGAAAAGGUUGAACCGCCCUCCGAUGAGGAAACUGCAAACGAAAAUGAUGAAGAUCAAGAUGAAGCACUUGCACGCAAAAUACACGAAGCCGAGAAUGAAGGAAAAGCACCCAACAUUUUCAGAAAGAAAUCAAAGUCAUCGGAAGGAAAUGCAUCCGCAAGACCAAAGGCAACAUCACCUGCUCCUGCCAAGGUUCAUGGCGAUAUAUUCGAUCUUCUUACAGGUGAACCGGUUGAAGAAGAACCAAAGCCAGUCAGCCCAAAAGCCACUGGUGAUUCUGCUUCAAAACAGCUUACUUCACCCACAAGCCCACAAGAUGGAUUUGAUGACGAUGCAUGGAUUCCUCGGACUGUUCAGGCCAUCAAAACUGGCACUUAUAAGUCUAAAGCAAGUACCAACGUUGCCCCACAGAAUACUGCCAGCAGAAUGGAAGCGAACACUAUGCCACAACAACAAAAUGGUUUGCAACAGGCUCCAGUUCAAGCUGUCAAUAUGUCAGGACAAUCACAGCAAUAUCAACAACAACCUGUCGCUAUGUCCAUUCAGCAGCAACCUAGUGGCUUCCAGCAACCUCCAGUACAAGCUACAAAUCCUACUGGUCAAUCAACAGGAAGUUAUCAACAAUCAUCCGCGCCUUUGCAACAGCAACAAUCUGGAUUCCAGCAGCCUGCUAUUAACCAGUCGUAUACUGGAUACCAGCAAUACCCUAACCAAGGCAAUUCUAUGGCACCUCAGCAAACAGGCGUUCAACAGCCUAUCCCUCAGGCUCCUCCGAUUCAGUACGUUCCUCAGCAGUUGACGGAUAUGUCCAUGAAACAACAGCAAAUGCCUGUCCAACAACAGCAGAUGCCCAUGCAACAACAGCAAAUGCCUGCACAAACUCAAUUUGUUCCUCAGCAGAUGACUAAUACCCAGUAUCAGCAACCGUCUGGCAUACCAAUGCAACCCCAAUUCACUUCGCAAUCAAUCCCUAAUGCUCAAUACCAACAACAACAAAUGACUGCACAACAACAAUAUGUUCCACAGCAAGCGACUGGUAUGCAAUUCCAGCAACAGCAGCAACCAGCGUCGUUCUAUUCGCAACAGCCCGUUCAGCAAAACUUUGUUCAGCCAAUACAGACUACAACAGUUCCACUUUCCAACAUAUUGCCAGCACCAUUGGUACCGUCAAGUUCCACCUUCAACGGCCAACUACCCCAAAUGACUGGCCAAGGCUUUAAUGGUGGCAUGCAGCAACAGCACUCCAACUUCCAGGGAAUCCAGCCUCAAGCUACUGGAAAUAGAAACUGGCAAUCUGCGACUGCUGAUAACCCAUUCGGAUCACCAACACCGUCCCCACUUGUACCUCAAAUGACAGGUAUGCAAUUUUCUACACCUAGCCCAGACACCUUUGUUGGCAACCAUGCUAGUGCGAUCCGUCCUCAAUACACUGGCAUGAGCACACAGCAAUCAGGCUUCGGGAACAACUUUGACUUAUACUGA